AUGGGCCUGGCUAUGUCGCUCGCUAUCUAUCUAUCUAUCUAUCUAUCUAUCUAUCGCAAUUUCUUUCUAUCUAUCUAUCUAUCUAUCUAUCUAUCUAUCUAUCUAUCUAAUACUAAACUUUCUCUCCAUUUCUCUCUCUCUCUCUCUCUUUCCAACUCUCUCUCUUUCCAACUCUCUCUCUUUCCAACUCUCUCUCUUUCCAACUCUCUCUCUCUUUCCAUCUCUCUCCCUCUUUCCUUCUCUCUCUCUCUUUUCAUCUCUCUCUCUUUUCAUCCCUCUCUCUUUCCAUCUCUCUCUCUUUUCAUCUCUCUCUCUUUCUAUUUCUCUCUCUUUUCAUCUCUCUCUCUUUCUAUUUCGCUCUCUUUUCAUCUCUCUCUCUCUUUCCAUCUCUUUUCAUCUCUCUCUCUCUUUCCAUCUCUCUCUCUCUUUUCAUCUUUGUUAUUGCGUGAUUUCAGCUUUCAUUAA